AUGUUGUGCUAUGCACUUGCAACAACAGCGGAGUUCGUGGCCGACAAUGACUUUCGAGAAGCCAAGAUGGCAUCCAUGGGUCAAGUGGCACGAGCCAACUUUUGCAGCAUUGCAUUUUUCGCACAAGUAUUGAGUUUGCUGACAGCGGUGGUGCUGUCACUGGCAGCAGAAGGUAGUUUCUCCUUUUUGCGCCGUGUCCUGACGUUAAACCGUAUGUUUCAUUUUGGUUUGAUUGGCAUUAUCUUCUUAGCCUCAGAAGGAUUCUAUUUGGCAGCCGGGCAAGCUUCUGGGGCCAAACUCUGGUCCGUGGUGGUGCCGCACGUGGGCAUCCCUGUGGCCGCCUUUUUCAGCCAGUUGUACUUCAAAAGGCCCUACACUGCAAUGCUCCUUGGCUCUUGA